ACCAGGUGAUCACUUCACACCUCCACACACCAAGAGCUGCCUUGACCGAGUCUAAAAUGGAUGACCUGCAAAUAUUUGUGCUGUUCCUUGGGACCAUUGCUAUGACGUCAUCACAGUGCCCCGACGCCCAACAUCUGAAAGGCCCGGAUGUGUGUAACAGAUUAGGACCGCACCACUGGGAUGUACUCGGGAUACAGAGCAGGAGUUCCCAAGACCAAAUGCAGGAGCUUGUUGAGGUGGUGCUUCAGGGCUUCGACUGUGAGCGAAGGAUCAAGAAUAUACGAUGCCCAGGGGUCAACUACACGUGCCAACAGAUACGGAACGAAAUCCUGUCCAAUAACUCGACGCUAUGCACAGAACCCGACAUCAUGAAACGUCUCCUGGUGGUUUCUGUACAAUUAGAAGAUAUCCUAUGUUUUGACCGACCGCCUCAGCCCGCUCCACCGCCUCCCUGUCAACCGCCUCUCAUGACGCACUUCCUGUACAAGGUGGCCUCUAUGUGGAGACCGGAACUGAUGCGCCACCGGAUAUGGAAUGGAUGUUCUGCGCAUGUCGCUUUUGUCAAGAGGCGGAAGUGCUCCCAAUUCGCCAGCUCGAGGCAAUCUCGGAAUAUGUGCCUAUGUUUUGGAAAUAUAAUCUCACAUCUAAUUCAAGGACACCGCAUACUGACUGACCCAAGGCAGAAGUGUGACAUCCAGUACACGGAAGACAUUUUUAAGGUAUUCGGGGACACGUCAGCAGAAGAGUCAUACUUGUGGCGCUUGGGGAAAGAUGGCCUGAGCUCGGUCCUCCAAAAUCUGAGUAGCCCCUACCCACCUCUCAACCAUACAGCUCCUCCCCACCAUACCCUGCAGUUUCAUCCGCACAACGUCGCUAACGUCAUCCCCGUCGUGAGCCCGAGGAGCUUCAGCCACCCAUCCCAAAGUCUGCUGAUGUACCAGGUACCAUGCAAUUUGGCUGGAACACGCCCACACAGGCCUGGCCAGGAACCACAAAGAGGACCACAACCCCAACAUGGACACGCCCCGGAACAAGACAGGGGAACACCACCCCCACAGAGACAUGGUCAGGAUCCGCCCAGAGGAACAUUACCCCAACAUGGACACGACCAGGAACCGCAUAGAAAAACACCACCGCCACAUGGACACGACCAGGAACCGCAUAGAGGAACACCACCCCCACAUGGACAUCCCCAGGACCCACCAAGAGGACCAAACCAUGCGAUGUUACCAGAACCAAAUGUUUGGGGUCCUGGUUUUGGGGCAGGUCAUGGUGCCGCCGACAAAGGCAAUUCACAUGAUCAAUACGGAUACCCUAUUCACAACCCUUCCGGAAUGAUGCCCAAACAUAAUACACAACCGGUUCAUGCUUGGAAUGAACACGGACAUCGCGAAACGACAUCUCCUGCACCCACUGAAGGUCCUACUGCAACACCGGAGAAGAGUGGCUUGGAGUACAGUCAUGUUACUCACACAGCAAGUCCUAAUCACCGUCCUGGACAUACUGGUUUUCAAGGACAGGGGCAUGGAACAAAACAUUUUUAUGACAAUACUAAUUGGUUAGAGCAUAAAAUCCAAAUCGCGACAACCUCAAAAAGUGGCAGCAUCUUCCAACAAGGUUUCACAAGUUCCAUUGCUGAAUCUUCUUCUAUCAGGGUGACAACCCUUCGUCCCGGUACAAAAACUAUACCAGUCCAGAACGUCCCUGUGUCUGACGGCGCCAUGAAUGCAACACUUCCGGGAACAGACAAGUACAAGGAGAAGCCUAGAUCCAAGAGGACCUGGAUCAUGUUGCCUUCAGACAGCCAUCAUUUCCUCCCGUCCUAUCCCAACUACCAUUCCCCUGACCAUGUGUGGAACGCCUCAGUCCUGCUGGAGAUGAUGCUAGGGACGGCCAACAACUCCCUCACCAUUCCUGACUUCUACGAGAUGUGCCCAAUACUUAUCCACUAUCUCCUGUUCGCCUUCAAAUUGCCGGUUACACCCAACACCUCCUCCAACAUCUCCAACACCUCCAACACCAGCUCCCACACCCAGACUCCAGCCACGACGGCAGAAGUGUAUGGUUACAGCAGCUUGGCAGUGUUCAUCAUCACACUCUGUUCCCUUGUGGGCGUCCUGUUCGUCAAGAUGUCCAAGGGCAAAACCGGAAAUUACGUCAUGGCGUCCAUGUUGGCUCUGGCUGUCGGGAACCUUUGUGGGGAUGCCGUCUUACAUUUAGUCCCCGAGGUAAUUGGCGAGGAAGGAACGGACACUGACGGCGAUGGUCACUUCACGAAUGAAGUAAUGUUGCUUGGCAACUCUGACAUCGAUAUGAAUAGCGUAAAGAUGAUGUUGAUGUUGGCCUCCAUCUAUCUGUUCUUCCUGCUGGAGAUGAUUAUGAGCGUCUACCACAAACACGACCACGUCACGGAGACGACGAUCGUUAUUCCCGAGUCACAGAUUCCAAAGAAGAAGACGUUGACCCGUGUUGUGCCCGGAAGUACUGCCCACUUGACCCCUAGCAACUCCACAACGCCAUCCAUGGAGGUGGCCAUUCCGUCUUCCAUAGAUUCUUUAAACUCCCUCCCGAGUGUUCCCGAAGAGAAUGAGGGUCCUGAAGAAGAGGUCCAGAUCACAAUCCAGAAGCAAGACAACCUCCUUGCCCCCAUGACGUUAGCGUGGAUGGUUAUAGUGGGCGACUCCAUACACAACUUCGCCGACGGUUUGGAGAUAGGAGCAACAUUCAGUGAUGGCUUGGCGUCUGGUCUUUCCACGUCGCUGGCGGUGUUCUGUCACGAGCUGCCACAUGAACUGGGGGACUUUGCAGUGUUGAUAUCAACAGGCAUGCCAGUCAAACGGGCCCUGAUUCUGAACUUCGUGUCAGGUUUAACAGCGUUUAUUGGACUGUACAUUGGCAUAGUAUCUGGUCAGCACAGUGAUGUCCGACAACUCAUCUUCAGUAUUGGGGCCGGCAUGUUUAUAUAUGUGGCGCUGGCCAAUCUGGUACCAGAACUGAUGAAAUAUUUUGAGCGGACAAGAAACUGGAAGAUGUUUCUAUGUCAACACGUGGGUCUUCUCGCUGGAUACUCGGUCAUGGUGCUCAUUGCUAUCUUUGAGGAUGAAAUUUCUUUGUAACACAAAAUAAUACGACUUACAAAGACUUUUGGACAAACGCAACAACAAAGUCAGUGGCAGAUGCGCUGAUGCUAGAUGAAGUGAUCGAGCAAAUAUCCAAAUACUGAAACAUCUCAAAUAUUAAGUGACGUUUCUUCGUCACAUUGAAAAUCCCUCGUACUACACCCCCCAAUUACAGUUUGUUUACCAACUUUUGCCCAAGUAAUUACUAUAAGCAAAUAAAUAUAGUACGAUAAUGCUAAUAAAAGCGACAAAUCUCUUUACAUAAUAUUCAGAAAUACGUGACAAAGUCAGAGUCGAUUAUACGGUGUUUAUGAAUCACUAUCAAAUAGUGAGGAUGACAGAUAUUCACUUAAAGGUGAGCGUACCCUGCCUCGACGUGGCUCCCGUCACAGACACAUGCACAGCCUAGUCAACGAUACCGGAACAGAAGUUAUAAGUCAAA